AUGGCAGAAGAAGUUUCGCCAGUUGAUCCCAUGAAGAAAAGUGAAACGCCGGUGUUUUACGUUGAAUCAGAUGACCGGCCCAGCGACGACGGUCUUUCUCCCUCUUGUCAGACGGACACUUUGGUUGGAGAAGAUCAGGACAAGAAAAUAUGUUCUACUAGUAGGAACGAAGGCUCGGAGGACGAGGAUGAGGAAGAGAAGAUUGACUGCGCCAACAGCAAGCUUCGCCAUUGUGCGACGGCACAAAAACGAAGUCGUUUUACCGUUGAAUCUGUCCCCUCCACUGCGGACAUCAGAAAGAAGGCACGUUUGCCAAAGAGAGUGGUAAUUAUUUCUCAAGAUGGCGAACUGGCGCUUCCGAGUCAACCGAGUCUUCAAAAGUCCACAAACGCCCACACUGCUAAUGAACUCCCGUCAGUAGAAAAGGUGAGCGAAAACACAUUCUAUUUGUUUCACGUUCCGCCUCCUAGCAUUGACUAG